UUAAACUCCGCCUGGUCUGCCGAGCGAUGACUCCUCCCUCCUCUGAUUCAAAUUAUUAACAAGCUCUAUCACAUAAAUACCUCCGUCCAGGUCACCGGUAGACUCUUUCUGUCUUCAUACUUGGCUUGUCUUCCGCUUUCCUACCCCUAGGCUUACAUCUUUUGCCUGCAAAGAUCCUCCGCCAGUGGUCUCCCCACAGAGAUAUACAGUCCAUACAACAUACCCCGCUCUCCCUUCACGAAAUGUGUCCCGGCGCAGACAACGAGCCCAGCCGGCCGGUCAACGGCACUGCUGAUCAGAAUGGCGACCAUCCCGGUUUCACUGCCGUCCAGACUCGCCAGAACCCUCACCCUUCCUCUCGCAACCCUUACGGCCAUAACGUCGGCGUCACCGACUUCCUGAGCAAUGUCUCGCGGUUUAAGAUUAUCGAAAGUACCCUGCGUGAGGGCGAGCAGUUCGCCAACGCCUUUUUUGACACCGAGAAGAAGAUUGAGAUCGCCAAGGCCCUGGACGACUUUGGUGUCGACUAUAUCGAACUGACUAGCCCCUGUGCUUCUGAGCAGUCGAGGCUUGACUGUGAAGCUAUCUGCAAGCUCGGCCUCAAGGCUAAGAUCCUUACUCACAUCCGAUGCCACAUGGACGAUGCCAGAAUCGCCGUCGAGACUGGUGUUGACGGAGUUGACGUUGUCAUCGGAACUUCUUCGUACCUUCGUGAACACUCACACGGCAAGGACAUGACGUAUAUCAAGAACACCGCUAUUGAAGUUAUCAACUUCGUCAAGUCCAAGGGCAUUGAAAUCCGAUUCUCCAGCGAGGAUUCCUUCCGAUCCGAUCUCGUGGAUCUGCUGUCCAUCUACUCUGCCGUUGACCAGGUUGGUGUCAACCGUGUCGGUAUUGCCGACACUGUCGGCUGUGCCUCUCCCCGCCAAGUCUACGAGCUGGUUCGUGUCCUGAGGGGUGUGGUUGGAUGUGAUAUUGAGACUCACUUCCACAACGAUACUGGCUGCGCCAUUGCCAAUGCUUACUGCGCCCUGGAGGCUGGUGCCACCCACAUCGAUACCUCCGUCAUUGGUAUCGGUGAGCGCAACGGUAUCACCCCCCUGGGUGGUCUGAUGGCCCGUAUGAUCGUCGCCGACCCCGAGUACGUCAAGGGCAAGUACAAGCUUGAGAAGCUCAAGGAGAUCGAGGAUCUCGUCGCCGAGGCCGUCCAGGUCAACAUCCCCUUCAACAACUACAUCACCGGUUUCUGCGCCUUCACCCACAAGGCCGGUAUCCACGCCAAGGCCAUCCUGAACAACCCCAGCACCUACGAGAUCAUUAACCCCGCCGACUUCGGCAUGACGAGAUACGUCCACUUUGCCUCGCGCCUGACGGGCUGGAACGCCAUCAAGUCGCGUGCCCAGCAGCUCAACAUCGAGAUGACAGACGCCCAGUACAAGGAGUGUACCGCCAAGAUCAAGGCUCUUGCCGACAUCCGCCCCAUCGCCGUCGACGACGCCGACAGCAUCAUCCGCGCCUACCACCGCAACAUCAAGCUUGGUGAGAACAAGCCCCUUCUGGACCUCACUGCCGACGAGCAGGCUCAAUUCGCCGCCAAGGAGAAGGAGCUGGCUCUGGAGGCUCAAUAAAACAGUGGCGGUACUGUAUACACACCCCGUCACCUUUCUUCUUCUUCUUCUUCUUCAUUGAACUUCUUUCUUUUGUUCCGCAUGUUAUUAGAAAUGGCCGUGUCUCGCUUCGGCAGGCCAUUCAAUGACCGUCAGUCAAAAGACAACGUCCGGUCUUCGACGACUUCGUGUUUUUAUGUACUUGGGAUAUCUCAUGGCUUGGGGGAUUUGAAAAGUUGUCACCUUUUUUUCCCUUACAAAAAAAGAGACUUGGUGUUUGGAGAGAGUUGGGACUCUCAGCUUGUAUAUAACAGCUUUACUAAACCGAUGAAAAAGAAUCAAAACAGCUGAUAAUUUCUUACCUUCA